CUUUAAUAUUUGGAGUUCUUAAUAUUUGUAUUAAGACGUUUCAUAUUAUUCAUUUUCAAAAAAAAAUUUCUAAAAAAAAAAAAAUUCUGAAAAACAAAAUGCUCACUCAAGAAAGGACGAAAAGCCUUUGACAACUCAUUUCUUCGAUAAAAUACCAAUGAAUCGAUACCUGACCUCAUAAGUGUGAGAAUGUAGAUAAUUGUAUUAUCAAGAACCUCUUCGGUAGACAUAAAUCAUUCAAUUCAGAGCAACUUCAGACUUCGCAUAAAUUUUUGAAAAUGUUCAAAGCAAAUUGUCAGUAUGCCUCCAGCGCACCGUGAAAUUCAACGAUGAAAGGCUAUGAAAUUGACAAUAAGCAACAGUAUCAUAGCAGCAACAAAUGAGAGUGGCGGUCGAGUAACGGAUGUUGCAAAAGACUUCAAAGCGAGUGAGCUGAUAAAAGGCUAAAUAAAAUUAUGCAAAAAAUAGAUUGAAUGUAAUAUUAUUUUGGAAAAAUUUAAUAAUUUAAAACACAAAUUAAUGUUGUAUUUAAAUUAAGUGUUGCCUGGAGUGAAUCUUCGACAAUGAGAGAGAGAGAAUAAAGUAAAAGGAAGACAUAUUUUGAAGCAGCGAUUUUUAAGUGAAAAUUUGUAUAUAAAUUUUACGUAAAGCAAACAAAAGGAGUCUUUAAAAAAAUAAAUUUUUUAAAACUAUAAAAUAAGUGCAAUACAAAAAUUGUUUUGGCAAAAAAAAAAAACAAACCGAUACAAAAAUUUAAAAAUAAAAAAAUAAUCUAUAACAUUAAAUGAGUAAAAAUUCGAACAACGAAUCGAUAUAUAGUGAUUAUUUAAACUUUCCUAAACUAUAAAAAUUGCUAUAGACUGAAACAAUAAGUUAAGUCAGAAAAACGGUUCUAUCCACAAAACAAAUAUACCGCACCCAAAAAAAUAACCAAAACACAAAAAUAAAAAUGUUUGCUCAACUGUCUCAAAGCGCCGGUGGAACCACAACCUGCAUAUUGUUCCACCUACUACUGACGCUAUUUCCUCAAGCGUUGCAUUGUCGACCCGGCAGCGGCUAUACCACAGACGGCACCGAACUGAUUGUUGUGAAAGAAAUUGUGCGCUGCACGCGUCAGGGACUCCACGAGUUAUGUCAGAACAGCACAGCAACAACAAAUGACAACGAACAACGUCCAACUAAUGUGGCUAAUGAGUCAGUGAUGGACGCGUUGGAUGAUUUAAUACUGCUAGAGGAGAAACCAAAACAAUCAGAUUAUCAACAACAGCAGCGCAAAUCUAAUCAUCCCUACGAUACAUAUCAACAACAAAGCGAACUGCUAUCCUCAGCUGCUGCGCGUGAAGAUUCAAUAGUCUCCGCUGCCGCAGCUGCACCCGCCAUAGGUGAUCCGUCCGAUUCCACAGCGUUGGGUAGUUCCUACCAACAGGAGCCGUUUAGUUCGGACAGUGAUAGCGAUGCGGCGGGUGAUGUGGGACACGCGCCUGAUAUCAAAACUACCGAUGUAGAUGCCGUUAAUGCGGCAGCAGCUGAUGAAAUUAUUGCCGACGGCGUGCUCUUUCACGGUGUGCUGCUGCGUCUGGCAGAUGGGCCGCACACCGUGCCACAACCAGUGCCGCCGAUUGAUAUGAGUGAUUUCGUUUCGUUAAUACCGACCGAAGAGGUCAAAUCGAUUGCCACCAAUUAUUAUAAUAACGAUGCGGAAGUGCGUCGCGCCUACGCCUAUCUGAGCGGACCCGACUUUAUUGCGCUGCGUCAGCAUAUUGUUGCGUCACCGGAAGUGGGUGCCUUUUUGCAAUAUCUAAAUGUGAGCGGCUUUGAUGUGUUGAAAUUUAUCUCGGCCGUUACGAAUUUAACUAAGGUGGAGGUGAAUGCGCGCAGCGUGGAGGACUCGGCUGCGCUCGAUUUUCGAAGCAGUGAGUUGGAACAGCAGCGCCAACUGACGGCUAAGCAAAACAAUGCAGCGGUGCUAGUGGUGAAUGAAAUCUCUCGAAUGGAACAACAUGCAUCAGCAUCCACAACAUUUCCCGCAAUCAUCUUUGAAGAGGUAAUAUCAAUCACUUCAACGAAAGCACCUGCCGCAUUUUCAAAUUUCGAUGAGCCCAUAACCCAGAAAGCUGAACAGCUCAACGGUUUGCAUGGUCUGGUCGAUAAUAUUUUGGAAAUCCUGCCACAGGAUCAAAUACUAGCAACCUUCUUUGAUAAGCUCGAAUCGGAUGAUAAUUUUAGAAAGUUUGUGAAUAAUAUACAACGACCGGCCUUCGCGCAGAUACUCAGCAGAUUGGAGCAAUCGAUGUCAUUGAGAAAUUUGAUUUUCACUCUACACAACAACGGUAUCUACAUAACGCGUAUUGUGGACUCGCUUAAGGCGUAUUUCUUUCUCGGAGGCUUCUCUUAGUACAACCCGCCCAGUAGUCCGAAAGUAAGCAUUAAAGAACACACAUAUACUAAUGCUGGGUGGAGAGAACGCUUAGGUGCUAAAUUAGGAGAAGGAGAGAGAGGAGACUGGUCGGGAUAACGGAGUUGGACACGAAGUGGAAUUAAAUGCUUUUGACAAAACAUGGUGGAAACAAUGAAAGGGAUUGCAGUAGAAUGCAUAAAAGCAAAAGAACAAAAUUACACAUAAAGAACUGGAGAGAAUGCUGUAUAAUAUGAUAUAAUAAAAUCUUUUGUUGUUUACUAAUACUCUCCUAUACAACCUCAUUA